AUGUGUUGUCGACUGCAGAACGCACGGCGACAUGUCUACGUGUCGGGAUACAGCGUGGAACUCAACACGACGUGCCGCGUGUAUUCAGAAGGUGGACACCAUCGUGGCAGCAACAGUUGCACGGUCGCCCGCAAGCCCAUCAUCGGUGCUUCAGUGAUGUGUCGCACGUCCUACGACAGUGUUGGCUUCUGA